UAUUAGUUGCAAUUUGCAAUUUGCUUGCGGCGAAAGUUGCUCGCCAACAAGUAGAAACGGAUUAAAUUAUUUAUCGCAUAGAAAUUUGAUAAAAAAGAAAAAAAUGGGCAAGAAUAAAGGCGGCGGUGGCGGAGGAGGAGGCGGAGGUGGUGGUGGAUCCGGUGGCGGGGGUGGCAAUAAAAAGGGUGGAGGCGGUGGUGGUGGCGCAGCAGGUGGCAACCAGAAUAAAGCAGCCGCUGACAAAGGCAACGCCAAGAAAGGACAAGAGCAAAAGUCAGCCGGCGGCGGCGGCGGUGGUGGUGGUGGUGGCAAGAAAGGUGGCAAAAAGUAGAAGCCAAGCUGCAUUGUUAUAAAGCGUAUUAAAUUACAAAUCUUAGUUUACUGCAAUUGCUAAGCAUAGUUAUAUAUUUUAAGUUUAAAUAAAUACAAUAAUUUACAGUUGAA